AUGGCCUCCAACCCUCCCUCCGCCUGCUGCGCCAAUGGCUUCAAGCACGAAGGCACCCCCGUCGGCGAGCUCAAGAACAUUGAAGGCGUCAACACUUACAUCUCCACUCCCAAGAACAACAAGAAGCCCGACACCGCCAUUCUCUACCUGACCGAUAUCUUCGGCAUCUUCCCCAACAACCAGCUCCUCUCCGAUGAGUUUGCCAACAAUGGAUACCUGACUGUCCUCCCCGAUCUGUUCAACGGCGGCCAGCUCGGUGUCGACGACAUGUCUUCCGGCAAGGUCAACAUUAUGGAGUGGCUCAAGGACUACCAGCCCGCCCAGGUCGACCCCAUUGUGGCCGCGACCAUCAAGUACAUGCGCGAGACCCUCGGCGUGAAGAGAAUCGCCGCAGUCGGUUACUGCUUCGGAGCCCGCUACGUCACCCGCUUCUUGAAGGAUGGCCAGAUCAACGUUGGCUACCACGCCCACCCCACUGGCACCACCCACGAGGACCUUGCCGCCAUUCAGGGCCCUCUGUCUAUCUCCGCUGCUGAGAUCGACAGUGCCUUCCCUGCCAAGCUCCGCCACGAGUCUGAGGAGAUCUUGGCUAAGACUGGCCAGGAGUGGCAGAUCAACUUGUUCAGUGGUGUCGUGCACGGCUUCGCCGUCCGCGCUGAUCUGAGCGACUCUAAGCAAAAGUGGGCUAAGGAGCAGGCCUUCUGCCAGGCUGUUACCUGGUUCAACCGCCACCUGUAA